CUGAAUCUUUCCCAGCAGACACGAGCUUCUUCUUGUGAAGCUAGCCCCAUAAUCACUCCGGACAAUAGCCCUCGUCUUUCACGCGGUCGAGCUCUUUCCCCUUCGGAUCAUUCAUCGCAGCAACAACGUGCAGGCCACUCUACUGGGAAAAGGUCCGAAAUCCUCACGUCUGAGUCCAUGAUGCAUGCGCAUACUUUAGGCGCCUUAUGCUCUAGUAGUCCAAACGCAGAAAAUUUAAAUUCAGCCCGGAAUUUCCCGACCGAAGACCAGAUUCACAGCCAAACUCACUUGGCAGAGGCUGCUAUAGACGGGUCCGGCUCCGAAGCUGCCGCUGGGUACAAUUCUACCACCAGCCGGCGAUCAGUGUUGACUGAGCAGAGCCUCACUCAGAUGCAAGCUGUCGAAUUUGAUGAGAAUGCUAGUGUAUGUCCGGUUCCUGAAAAAUCUCCGAUUUCAGAGACGGGCGCCCCGGUUUCGAAUAAGCCAGAUGAAAACCUCCACCCCGCUGGUAUUUGGCUUACUAAGCCGAAUUAUUUCACUCUUCCUACCUUGGAUGAACUUGCCGGGAUGAUAAACGCUGAUGGGCGGUGUGUAGUCUCAGAUUUCGUCAUAGGAAGGCGACAUUACGGGCAUAUUAUUUUUCCUGGAGAAACGGAUAUAAGUAACAUUGAUCUCGACAAAGUCGUCCACAUCAGGCGUCGCGAAGUUACUGUGUACCCCGAUGAUGAUACGAAGCCACCAGUUGGUUUUGGACUCAAUCGACGCGCCGAAAUUUGUCUUGAAGCGGUGUGGCCGACAGAUAAGACUACCCGCAAACCAAUCAAGUCACCUGAGCGACUUUCGCAUAUGGAUUUUGAAAGACGUCUCGAAUGU